AUGUCUUUGAUUUUUGCUUUAGGGGACAAAGGACAUAAAGGCUUACCCGGACUUCCAGGAGGAAAGGGGAAACCAGGUACUUUCUGUGACUGUGGGAGGUACCGCAGAGCUGUUGGACAAUUGGACCUGAAAGUCAGUCAUCUCAAGUCGUCUUUAAUGUUUGUAAAGAAUGUGAUUGCUGGCAUCCGAGAAACAGAUGAGAAGUUUUAUUACAUUGUGAAAGAAGAGCGCAAUUACCGGGAUGCACUGACUCAGUGCAGAAUCAGAGGUGGCACCUUGGCCAUGCCCAAGGAUGCGGCCACCAAUUCGCUGAUUGCAGAUUAUAUCUCCAGCUUGGGUUUACUGAGGGUCUUCAUUGGCAUCAAUGAUCUAGAGAAGGAGAAGCAAUUUGUGUACGUGGAUAACACUCCCCUACAGGACUUCAGCAGCUGGAAGUCCGGGGAACCCAAUGAUGGUUCAGGAUACGAGGACUGUGUGGAAAUGCUCAAUACAGGGGCAUGGAAUGAUGUUGAUUGUCAGCUUACAAUUUACUUUGUUUGUGAGUUUAUGAAAAAUGGUUAG